GGAUGGACUAUAACAUUGAAUCAAUUACAAAACGCGGUUUCUGAGCCCAUUACAGCUGGAUCUAGAGGGAGGGAAGCAAGAGGGGACUUCGGGAGACGAUUGGAAGCUGCGGACGCACUUUUCCCCAUGUGUAGGGUUUUCAUGGCUGAUUGACAUAGAAGUUUUCCGGAGCUAUGGGGACUUCCCAUCCAGCAUUCCUGGUCCUGGGCUGCCUCCUCACAGGGCCUGGCCUCAUCUCCUGCCAGCUCGCGCUGCCCUCCAUCCUUCCCAACGAACACGAGAAGGUCGUGCAGCUGAAUUCGUCCUUUUCUCUGACGUGCUUUGGGGAGAGCGAAGUGAGCUGGCGGUACCCCGUGUAUGAAGAAGAGAGCCCCGACGUGGACAUCAGAAACGAGGAAAACAACAGCGGCCUGUUCGUGAGCGUGCUGGAGGUGGGCCAUGCCUUGGCAGCCCACACGGGGCUGUACACCUGCUACUACAACCACACGCAGACGGACGAGAAUGAGCUGGAAGGCCGGGACAUCUACAUCCACGUGCCAGACCCUGAUGUAGCCUUCGUCCCCCUGGGAAUGACCGAUUAUUUCGUUGUCGUGGAGGAGGACGAGUCUGUCAUCAUUCCUUGCCGCACGACAGACCCCGACACUGUCGUAACCCUGCGCAACAGUGACGGCGUGGUCCCUGCCUCCUAUGACAGCAAGCAGGGCUUUAAUGGCAGCUUCACAGACGGGCCCUACACCUGCGAGGCCACGGUCGAAGGGAAGACGUUCCAGACCAUCCCGUUUAACGUUUAUACCUUUCAAGCAACAGCAAAACUGGAUCUAGAAAUGGAAGUUCUUAAAACUGUGUACAAGUCAGGCGAAACGAUUGUCCUCACCUGCGCUGUCUUUAACAACGAGGUGGUUGACCUGCAGUGGAUUUACCCCGGGAAAGUGAAAGGCAGAGGCAGCAUUCUGCUGGAGGAAAUCAAAGUCCCAUUCAUCAAAUUGCUGUACACACUGAGGAUCCCCGAGGCCACCGUGAAAGACAGUGGCGACUACGAGUGUGCUGCCCGACACGCGACCAGGGACGUCAAAGAGAUGAAGAAAGUCACCAUCGCUGUUCACGAGAAAGGCUUCAUUGAAAUCAAACCCACCUUCAGCCAGCUGGAAGCUGUCAACCUGCACGAGGUCAAGCACUUCGUGGUGGACGUGUGGGCCUACCCCUCUCCCAGGAUAUCCUGGCUGAAGGACAACCUGACUCUGAUUGAAAAUCUCACCGAGAUCACCACUGACGUGGAGAAGAUCCAGGAAAUAAGGUAUCAAAGCAAACUCAAGCUGAUCCGUGCAAAGGAGGAAGACAGUGGGCAUUACACCAUCGUGGUGCAGAAUGAAGACGACGUGAAGAGCUACACUUUCCAACUCCUGACCCAGGUUCCCGCCUCCAUUCUGGACGUGGUUGACGACCACCACGGCUCUACCGGGGGACAGACGGUGACGUGCAUGGCCGAAGGGACUCCUCUCCCUGAAAUCGAGUGGAUGGUUUGCAAGGAUAUUAAGAAAUGUAAUAACGAAACUUCCUGGACAGUUUUGGCCAACAAUGCCUCCAACGUCCUCAUGGAGCUCCACCCCCAAGACAGGAGUACCGUGGAGGGCCGAGUGACGUUCCUCAAAGUGGAGGAGACCGUUGCAGUGCGGUGCCUGGCCAAGAACCCUCUUGGAGCUGAGAACCGAGAGCUAAAGCUGGUGGCGCCUGCCCUGCGUUCUGAGCUCACGGUGGCGGCCGCGGUCCUGGUGCUGUUGGUGAUUGUGAUCAUCUCCCUCAUUGUCCUGGUUGUCAUUUGGAAACAGAAACCGAGGUAUGAGAUUCGCUGGCGGGUCAUUGAGUCAAUCAGCCCCGAUGGACAUGAAUAUAUUUAUGUGGACCCGAUGCAGCUGCCGUAUGACUCCAGGUGGGAGUUCCCGAGAGACGGAUUAGUGCUUGGUCGGGUCUUGGGAUCUGGCGCGUUUGGGAAAGUGGUGGAAGGAACAGCCUAUGGGCUGAGCCGGUCACAGCCUGUCAUGAAAGUUGCGGUGAAGAUGCUGAAACCCACAGCCAGAUCCAGUGAAAAGCAAGCGCUCAUGUCUGAACUGAAGAUAAUGACGCACCUGGGGCCACACUUAAACAUUGUGAACCUGCUGGGAGCCUGUACCAAGUCAGGCCCCAUUUACAUCAUCACCGAGUACUGCUUCUACGGAGAUCUAGUCAACUACUUGCAUAAGAACAGGGACAGCUUCCUCAGCCGCCACCCGGAGAAGCCAAAGAAAGAGCUGGACAUUUUUGGACUGCACCCUGCUGACGAGAGCACACGGAGUUACGUUAUCUUAUCUUUCGAAAACAACGGUGACUACGUGGACAUGAGACAAGCGUAUACGACGCAGUACGUCCCCAUGCUGGAGAGGAAAGAGGUUUCUAAGUAUUCGGACAUCCAGAGGUCUCUGUACGAUCGCCCGGCCUCCUAUAAGAAGAAACCCGCAUUAGAUGCUGAAGUCAAAGACCUGCUGUCGGAUGAUAACUCGGAAGGCCUUACUUUGUUGGAUUUGUUGAGCUUCACCUAUCAAGUGGCCCGAGGCAUGGAGUUUUUGGCGUCAAAAAAUUGUGUCCACCGGGACCUGGCUGCUCGCAAUGUUCUCCUGGCUCAAGGAAAAAUUGUGAAGAUCUGUGACUUUGGCCUGGCCAGGGACAUCAUGCAUGAUUCCAACUACGUGUCGAAAGGCAGCACCUUCCUGCCCGUGAAGUGGAUGGCUCCGGAGAGCAUCUUCGACAACCUCUACACAACGCUGAGCGACGUCUGGUCCUACGGCAUCCUGCUCUGGGAGAUCUUCUCCCUCGGUGGCACGCCCUACCCUGGCAUGAUGGUGGAUUCUACUUUCUACAAUAAGAUCAAGAGUGGGUACCGGAUGGCCAAGCCCGACCAUGCCACCAGUGAAGUCUACGAGAUCAUGGUCAAGUGCUGGAACAGUGAGCCAGAGAAGAGACCCUCCUUCUACCACCUGAGCGAGAUGGUGGAGAAUCUGCUGCCCGGACAGUAUAAAAAGAGUUAUGAAAAAAUUCACCUGGACUUCCUGAAGAGCGACCAUCCGGCCGUGGCGCGCAUGCGCGUGGACUUGGACCACACGUACAUCGGCGUCACCUACAAAAACGAGGAGGACAAGCUGAAGGACUGGGAGGGGGGCCUGGACGAGCAGAGGCUGAGCGCAGACAGCGGCUACAUCAUCCCUCUGCCGGACCUCGACCCGGUGCCCGAGGAGGAAGACCUGGGCAAGAGGAAUCGACACAGCUCGCAGACGUCUGAAGAGAGUGCUAUUGAGACAGGCUCCAGCAGCUCGACCUUCAUCAAGAGGGAGGACGAGACCAUUGAGGACAUUGACGGGAUGGACGACAUUGGCAUAGACUCCUCAGACCUGGUAGAGGACAGCUUCCUGUAAUCGGAGGGCUCGGGGCGCCACCUCGGGACCCCUGGAAGAAAACCACUUUAUUGCAAUGCAAAGUCGAGAGGAGGACUUGGAUGACGUGUGGAGAGAAGUCCCAGCCAAGGGCCUCAGGGAGCCUUCGCAGUAGGAAUGCACGAGCUAUAUUGAAGUGGACAUUUUAGCAUUGCCUCUUGCAGUGCUUCGGAAGCAUCUCAGCGGUGUGUGAAGUUUGGGGGGAGACGGACGAGGGGAAAACGGGCCACGGAAGAUGAACUUUGUGUUUCCAGGGCAUUGGUGAGAUGUCGAAGUACGCGACUUGUACUGCCAUAACACUCCAGCAUUGUGAUGAUAUAAAUAACUCUGACUAGGGAUGCGUUUCGAUUGGUGUGAACUGUCUUCUCCGGACUUCUGAAGAGACCACUCCAUCCACCCACAUCCUUCCCUCCUGAAACCGGGUGUCAGCUGCUGCUGAUGAAGUGCAUGUAAAACCACUCUGAACCUUAAAAGGUACUGGGACUAUAGCAUUUUACUCUGUUUAGUGUUAAAGAGAUAAUGGAUAAUAAUUAACCAACCUUUAAUAGAUACGGGUCAUUUAGAAGCCCGACAGCUCAUUUUUAUAUCGUAAUCUACGUUUAUAAUAAUACUACUGUUACCAGUAAAGCAAAAUGUGUAAUAUGUAACAUGAUUUCCCUACAAAAAAAAAUUAAAAAAAAACACACAAAAACAAAACCUUUACUAGGUAGGUGCCAAGUUGGACAGUUUUGGACAUUUAUAUUAAAUAACAUGUUUCUCUAUAAAAUAAUUAUAGCUCUAGUGGGUUAAAUUUAGUCAAACAUAGAGAACAAGGUAGAAGUAGUUUUGUCCCGAAAGUCAGACUUUUUAAUUGUGUACUAAAUAGGUUCUCUAAUCCGUUGUAUUAAAAACACUUAACUUCCCUCUGAUAUAAAGGGUUUAGAAUCAAACUCCUAAAUCCUAAAUCUUCCCAGUAUAAGAGCAUAAGGCUGUGUCGAACUGGACUUCAUGUUAUUACUUCAUGGAAAAUGGAAUCACCAGCAGUAAGGUUGGAUCUGCGGAGGCAGCCAUGCCUGGGGUCACUUUGGAUUGCAACGUACAUAUUUUUAAAUCUCCGAACUUUUUUUUUUUUGGAGAGGUUUUUGCUAUAGGGCAUGUGCACUCGCCAGACAGA